AUAUCUGAUGAACAAUGAAUUCACUGGUGAAUUGCCUCCAAGCUUUGAGAAACUGGAGAACUUGCUGAUUUUUAAUAUUCGAGGGAACAACUUCAGCGGAAGAGUACCCAAUUACAUAUCCAAGUGGAAGCAACUUCAGAGGCUCUUGCUCAUGGGUAACAAUUUUAAAGGGCCUUUCCCUCCUACAAUCUCAACAUUAACAAGUCUUACUCACCUGGCAGUAAAUGACUUAAGUGGCCUUUCAUUACCAGAAAUCUCAGGAAUGAUCUUUUUGCAACGCUUGACGUUGAGGAAUUGCUCACUUGCUCAUGAAAUUCCUCAUUUUAUCUGGAAUAUCUCAUCCCUAACACAUUUGGACUUGAGCUUCAACAGUUUGACUGGUAAAAUUCCAGACGCUAUCAACCAGACAUCCCUAAGAUACAUGUAA